AACCCUACAAAUGACUUUACCAUGGAGAUGAAGAAGCUCUACACGCUCUCUUCUUUGCCUUCACCGCCUUAUUCCUUCUAUAAAAUACCAUUCAUCUUGCUUUCGCCGACCACACGUUUUUUUCUCAACAACUCUCAACCAAUUUGCAAUUCGAGAAAUUCUUCAAGUUUAUAAUCAAUCAAAGACUUUCGAAGGUGUUCAACUGUUCAAGAUAUUAAACUACGAAGAUCUUGCAACAAGACGAAAGUUUAACUGAUGGCAUUUAUGGAGACUAGAGAUCUUAGCCUGGAUGCUACCGAGCUUCGGUUAGGGCUGUCGGCCACCACCAAAGACUCCGAGAACCAAACCCCACCUCCGCCUAUUGCUAUUGCUAUAAGCAACAAAAGGGCUUUGCCCGAUAUGAAUGAUGAUCACCAUGGAUCUUGCAACGACAAUUCUCCUGCAUCAGAUGCCAAAAAAUCUGCUACCUCCACUAAGACGCAAGUAGUGGGGUGGCCACCUGUUAGAUAUUACAGGAAAAAUAGCUUCCAGGCGAAGAAAGUGGAGUCUGAAGAAGGAGCAGUAAUUUAUGUUAAAGUGAGCAUGGAUGGAGCUCCUUAUCUCAGAAAGGUUGAUUUGAAAAUCUAUAAGGGCUACUCCAAGCUGCUCAAGGCCUUGGAAGAGAUGUUCAGGUUUAAAGUUGGGAAGUAUUCAGAAAGAGAAGGCUACAAUGGCUCCGAAUUCGUACCGACUUAUGAAGACAAAGACGGCGACUGGAUGUUGGUCGGAGAUGUGCCAUGGGAGAUGUUCAUCACUUCCUGCAGGAGGCUGAGGAUUAUGAAAGGAUCAGAAGCAAGAGGGUUGGGUUGCACCGUGUAAAUCAAAAUGAAAAUAGAACCCCAUUUUCCACUGCCACUAACACGUGAUAGAUCAGCUUCUGAAGAGAAGAACAUCCAUUGUUCUUCCACCUUGGGCCCUUAGAAAAUAUGUUAGAAGAAAAUCCCUGUACGGAUUGGCUUGUUUUCUUGUAAUGGAAAGUGUACAAAGAUAAACAUGUUAUAUGAACUUGACUAGGUUUUCCAUA